GCCCGGGGAACCUGCCCGAGUACGCAGAGCACAAGGCCUUUGGCCAGUAUCCUCCGCCCCAGGUCUCGCCUCAACAACAGUACAACGGCGCUGCUGUCGCCUACCCUCAGUAUCCUCCACAUCAACAACACCAACAACCAUCACCACCACCGCCGGGGCCUGCUGUGCCAGCAGGAGGUUCAGUAGGAGGACAGGGCAUGGCGGCAGAUUAUCACUACCACAACGGCGGGAACCCAUUCGAGCCUCCAGGCGCCAAAGUCAGAGCUGCGAGAAUAUGUGGGCUGAGGAGAAAAGUGUUUUGGGUGGUGCUGGCCCUCGUGGUCUUUGGUCUCAUGGUCGCCAUCGCGGUGGGACUUGGAUUGGGUCUGGGCGAGCAGAAUAAUAAGUCUUCGAGUGCCAGCAGCAACUCGACAGCAACCGCAACCUCCUCAUCGACAGCCACGACCCUCCCCGCCGCGACGGCCACGGCCACCGCCACAGGCAACACGGACAUCAUCUGCCCGACGGCCAACGAGACGCUGUACACGCUGGCGACACAGACGAGCAAGAAGUUCCUGGUGCUGUGCGGCCGCGACUACAACAGCGACAACGGGGCGACGGACCUCACGUCCAUGAAUAUCACCACCUUUGAGGGCUGUCUGAACGAGUGUGGCAACCUGGACGGGUGUAUUGCUGUGGGAUGGGGCAACUACUAUGGCACGAAUACCUGCUGGCUCAAGAGCGGCAUUGGGACGCCGAAUCAAAGCUCGGACUGGUAUGCAGCCGUGGAGGAUGACUCGGGGUGAGAAAAGGACAGAGAGACAGAGAGAAAGAGGACGAGACCCCCCCGGGGGGGUGGCAAUUUCACUCGAUUAUUUUUCAAAGGCGAAGGAUGUAAAGGAACAAGCGAUAUUUUCGAGCAUGCUGCUGGCGUCACAGGGUAUUUGUGGCCAUCCGUGCAUUAUUGUUUAAAAAGCAGAAAUGAUUCAAC